AUGGGACCCCUCAAAACAGUGCAAGGCAGCUACACCCACAUAUUCGUCGCCAUCGACAAUUUCACCAAGUGGAUCGAGGUGAAGCCAGUCUCUACCACGUCAGCAGCCAAGGCAGCCGAGUUCAUCCAGGAGAUAACACACAGGUUCGGAGUGCCCAAUCGGAUCAUCACAGACCUGGGCACCUCCGUCACCGGAUCAGAAUUCUGGGACUUCUGCCAGGAAAGAUGCAUCGAUGUGUACUAUGCCUCCAUGGCUCACCCCAGGUGCAACGGCCAGGUGGAACGUGCUAAUGGCUUGAUCCUCCAGGGGCUCAAAGCUAGGAUUUUCGACCCGAUCGAAAAAUAUGGCUCCAAGUGGAUCCAGGAACUACCCAAAGUAGUAUGGGGGGCUGAGCACGCAGAGAAGCCGGGCCACCGGCUACUCCCCCUUCUUCAUGGUCUACGGUUCUGA